AUGGAUCCGUCUGUUUCCUUCACUCUUGGAAUUGUAUUUGUUGAAGUGAACAAGUUAUCUUUGCCCGUAUCCUUAUCAGGGAUGAAGGUUAAGCAGGAAUCUGGCAAAUUCGAGAUGAGUAUUCUGACUCAAGGUAUUCACCCAUUUGAUGGUACUGUGAUUGACUCAACACGUGACCCGGCAUGUGUCCAGGACAUGACUGUUGCUAAAAUCGCUGACUAUAUUGCAAACAAUGCAUUCUUGAAUACAUAUCUCCCGAGUGCCAGUGGCCUCUUGCCAAGUCUUGUAAACAUUCUGCCUACUGGUACUAAGAUAUUGUCGCCUAACAAGUUGCAUUCCUGGGUCACAACAGGAGAUGUGGUCAAGGGUAUCCCCGUCUGUGAUGUCGCCCCAGUGUUCCCUGAUCGACUCUACUCUGUGUUUAAGUUCAACACUGAUACGACUCUUAAUAUAUUCGGACAAAUGAUCAAUAUUCCUGUUGUUGAUGGUGAAGAUUUUUGUCUCAUCGUUGACAUAUGUAACGAUUUGGGUGGCACGAUCAUGUUAACAUUCCCGCCAUCUAUCGCCAAAUCGUUACCAGACAACCGGAGGCGGCGACGGAGCACUGAUAGUUCAGCCUGUCGGAUAUUGAAAAAGAUCCCAAUGACUGCUAAUAUACUGGGUGACUUAGAUGUAUGUGUAAGGGGUUUGGGAUUUUCUGCCACAAAUGGUUUGAACGUACACAGCUCCAAGAGUUCACUACAGUUAUGGAAUGGUGAUAAUAUGUUCAAUUAUCCUAUUUUCCAAAACGCUCAUGUUUGGAUGAUGGGUGAGAUGACCUAUAUACUGAGUUUCGGGAAAAACAGGGCUUUUGAACUCGAGUUUUACGCAGACGCUGAUGCAUUUAUGUCUCUACCAAAUCCAUUAAAUAUGUUGACACACGUAUUCUUAGACAGAUGGAAACUUUUGGUGAAUAUACGGGGCCGUAUUGAUAUGGUCAUACGGUUCGACCUGUUUGGAAUGAGUCAACAGCUAAAUUUCCCUAACACUGCUUUGGCGUCCAGUCAUCUCUUAGCAGACGUUGGAGGUUUGGAUGAAAGGCGCUACUGUGGUGCAGGUGCAAAUCCCCCUGGUGUAUUUGCCUCGUUCUACCUUGAAAUAUCUCCAUUCCUUGGCAUUCCUCUCCUCGAGGACAUCAUAGUUCAUCUUGAUGCUAUGGCCUAUGCCUACCUAACUUACGACAAGUCGGCAGAAAUCAGUAAAAUCCCAACAUAUAGUAUUGUUAAUGACUUGAUUGAACUUGAUAAAGUAGUCCAGGAAGCUGAGCAGUUCUUACUUGAAAACAUUGAACGAUUUAGAAACACUUUAGAGGAAUCAGUUCACGAUGCACUGGCUGCUGUCGAGACAGCUAUUCGCCAGCUCAAGGAUAAGAUCGAUGAAAUACUAGAAGGCAUACGUGAUUUAAGUUUUGAUAAGAUUCCAGAUUUGAUCAGACCUCUUAUUGAAAUGAUCUCAAGAUUAAAAGCAGUUUGGGGUAACUUUAAAGAAGAAAUCUCAUUUAAUAUCGAGGCCUUACAGUCUAAUUUCACGGACUUUGUGAACAGCAAUGUCUACCGAAUAGAAAAGAACAUAGACAGCCUCGCCAAUCGGAUGGUGUCAGAGCUCACAAACGUAAUUGGUGACAGCAACGGCUUUGGACUAAGGUUGAAAGUGGAUUUCGUUAUAUUUUUAUUAAGAUUCCCUAGCGUAGAGAUUGAAAUUGUUUACUCCGACGGAAAAUUGGCGCAGUGCAGUAAAUUUGCCCAAAUGUAUAAACUACUGGAGGGGGAAAAGGCGUUCAGAGCACUCGUGACAGUAAGUGACCGGACUAUGCUCGGGAAAUGGAUCCAUGUAGGGGAUUUUGGCCUUGGAGUUGAAGUGGCAUACAGUUCCUCAGAUAUCUGGAAAAGUGUCGUACAUUUUGUGGGCCAAAUCAGUUUUCUCGGAUUAAACGCCAGAUCAGACUUUUUCAUUACGAAAGAAGGUUUAACGAGUGUAACAGAAGCUCGAGUUUGGAGUUUAUUCAGAGCGAGGCUAGAGAUAGAGGCAAAGGUUCUCACCGAGUGGCACAAGCUUAAGUUAAGAGUCUCCGGGUAUCUCUUAGCAGGCGGAGAUGACACUUAUGAAGGUAGUUUUGCUGACGCGAUCCAACAAGCAACAAAACGAGCACUUGGCUCUGCUGAGAAGAGAAUUGACGAAGCCAAGGGGGCUCUACAAAAGGCUCGACAAGGUAUCACAAAAGCUCAAAAUUGGCUAAGUUCCAAGAAGGCUGUUCUUGAUGACGCCAAGUCUCACUUUGACUGGGUAGUUGGGAAAUUAAGAGAUGCUGAAAAUGCCGUUGAGAGCAAGAAGCGGGGAUUUUAUGAUGCCAUGGAAAAACUCAAUAAUGCUCAAAAGCUACCAAACAUUCCAUGCUAUAUCCUGAAUGGUAUCUGCUAUGCUAUUAGAGCUGUUGCCUAUCUAGCGUUAGAAGUUGCCAAAAUCUUCGUUAGAGUCGUGAUUGUUGCAUUUGACGUUGCGAAACUUGCUCUAAGGGCGGCACAAUGGUUGGUAGACAAGGCCAAGUACGUAUUGGAUGUUGCGAAGCUCGCUAUAGAUAUGGCUAAUGUUGUGUUAGAAGCAGCCAAAAUUCCGUUCAGAAUUGCAGAGGGCGCUUUGGAAGUUCUUAGAUAUGCUUUACGUGCAGCGGUAUACAUAGCUAAUCUUGUAAUAGAGUACGGGCUCAAGAGUCUGAUAGACUUUAAACGAUGUGGAUUUACGGUUGAAAUAAACGAUGUUGAUAUCUUCAUAUUUGACAUCCACUGCGAUGUUAACUUGUUCAAACUGGGUUGGAGUCGCGUUGGAAUCAAAAUAAAUUUCAAGAAUAUUCUGCAAAGUUUAAUUGACGCAGCUAUAGAGCUAGUUAAGCGUAUAUUCAGUGUUGUCGGAGGAUCAUUGGGCAUGCGCAGGAAGAGAGAAGUGACGUUUCAGCAAAUGGCCAACGUCCACAGACUUUACAGGCAUCUUCGUUCGGUUGAUGCCAAGGAAACAAUUUUCCCUGGAGAUCCAGAGUUUGGUGACUUUUCCAAGAAUGGUACAUUUGAGGAACUUGAACCAAUAUUUAACAACCAUACCAUCGAUUUAACGACCGACAUUCCUGGAUUUGAUAACAUUGAUUCCAAUUCGACAGAAUCCGAAGCGCGCACUACCUACUUUCGUGCUAAAUGCAAUGAGUUCAAGCCGAUUGAUGAAUUCCUUAGAAAUGUUGCGUUGACAUUGAAUGAGGCUACAUCUGCUGCAAAAGAGAACAGAGAGAACUCAAGUACGAUAUUUGACACGAUACGAAACAUUCCGAUUGGAGAUACAGGUGAUCUACAAGGAAAAUCACUUGAUGAACUUGGCGUCAAUGUCACAGAAGCUUAUAACGAAUACAACCUUACAGUUGACCAAAUGAACGAAAUUGUAGCGAAUGAAACAGCGAAUGAAGAUCCUAUUUUCAACGAUAUACGCGACACACCAAAUAUGCACAUUGAUUCAACCAUGAAGGAGUUUACAGAAACUUUCAACAUUCCGUUCAUAACACAAUGGCGAGCAGUUGUAGAGAAUGAGACGAACGAGUACUGGCCAGAGGAUUAUUGUACUGGAUUGAAAGACUGUAUGCUUGUUACACUUGGGCAACUGUAUGAAAUGCAUGAAGGUGUAAAUGUUUUUGGUGCUUCUGUGAUCAGAGACCUCCUACCUGAUAUUGAAUUAAAGUUUCUCGAGCUAUUAGACGAGGAGGUGAAUGCGACCAUCGACGAGGCAUUGGAACUCAGUGGAGACAUACUAACUUUAUUAAAACAAGCAAACGACGCCAAAAUAUUCUGUGCAAAGCCACCGGAAAUAGUAAAACAUCCGAAAAAUACAAAUCUUCUUCAUUCAGAAAGGCUUUCCUUGGAGUGUGAGGCGAUUUCUGAUGUACCCCUUUCGUAUCAAUGGCUGCUUAACGAUGUUUUACUCCUGGGUGAAACUGGAUCUAGUCUUGUCAUUGAGGCAAUAAACAGUGACGAUGAGGGGUCGUAUUCCUGUAUUGCAGGGAAUCACAUUGCUAACAUCACCUCUCACGAAGCAUAUGUUAUGGUCCUGGAGCAACCAAUUCUCGUUGGAAGACCAGCAUCGGUUGUCGUUCUCGAGGGAUUCCAGUCCGGAGUGACAUUAAUGUGUAAUGCCACCGGAAACCCCCCACCGGACGUCAUGUGGUACAAAGUUUUCGAAACACAAGGAAACGUAACGAUUCUGCAUCGCGGGACUGUCUUCGAAAUUUCAUAUCCAGAAAUAACCGAUUCAGGAAUUUAUUUUUGUCGUAUCAAUAACUCGGUCGGUACGAUAGAAUCCGAGCACUUUAGCAUCGUGGUCAGGAAUACUGAAGUUUCUGCCCCGGCUGCAUCCUUCUCAGUUGAAUAUUCGAAUAUGACGAUCACUAAUUCAAAUAACUUGUCUGCAUCUUUAGCCAAUUACAACUCCACCAAAACAUUCAAAGAAAAUAUACUAAAUUCUUUUAAAGAGUUGUUUAGCUCAACAUCCUUGAUCAUUGAUGAUCUUGUUGUAACACAACUCUCAUCUGAAGUGGGCCUGUUGAGUGGAGUUAUCAUAGGGCAAGAUGCUACUGACAACGAUGCUAAACCUCCCGUAGAGAAACAUAACGAUCUAAAACAGGCCAUCACUGAUGCAUUGCUGGAUAUGUCCAACGUGUCUUCAAAGGCAACUAUUCUAUUUAUGAUAAAUAAUACAGUGGCGGUGAUUUUGAACGCACGAACCUUUUCAUCAAGACGAUUAGCUUCUAGAUGUUCUGAUGGGUAUGAGCAAAGUGAGGUUCCGUAUUUGUGUGCAAUUUGCUUACCUGGUAGUUUUCUUGAAGGCGCCAGUAACGAAUGUAAACGUUGCCCUAGAAACUCAUACCAAAGGCAUGCUGGGAGAUCGCAUUGCAAUAGGUGUGAUUCUGGCUUUAUCACAGAGAAAGAUGGCGCUUUGUCACCAAAGGAUUGCAAAGACGUCGACGAAUGCACCAGAGAUAAUGGUGGAUGUGACCAAGUAUGCAGGAAUACAGUUGGUUCCUACAUCUGCAGCUGUGAAUCUGGAUUCAGAUUAGCCAGCGAUGGACAUACAUGUACAUCGUCAAAUCUAAUCGUGGGUGGUGCCUGUUCACCUGGGGAUAUGUUCCUUUACCCAGGUGAUUGCUCGAUGUACCUAACAUGUAAUCACAACCGGUUUAUACUAAUGCGAUGCGAUCCUGGGACUCGCUUUAACAAUGAACUGAAGGUGUGUGACCACGAGAAAAAUGUGCCAUGUCCAAGCAAGGGUCAAAAAGAAACAGUUGCGGUAGCGAAAGAGGGCGUUGAUCAUGGUGAUGAUAAUGAUGAACCGAAUGUUAUAAGAAAAGAUGAGCCUUGUGAGACUGAUGAUGAGAUCCAAGAUCCAGCCGAUUGCUCUAGAUAUUUGAUAUGCUCUCAUGGAACGUACAUAUCAAAGCCAUGUGGCUCUGGGAGGCGGUUCAGCAGCAUUUUCAAAAUGUGCGACUUUGCAGCCAAUGUCCAAUGCCCCUAAACAAUGGCAUGUGCUUAUAACAUUAACAUUUGUUCAUUGACAUGGCCUAUAACGUUUAUCCUAUAUUCUAUGCUUGCUUAAAGUGUUUCCAAAAAUUAAACAGUAUAUUCGAUGCUUUGUGGCAAUAUAUACCUUAUUUUGUUAUUUGUUGCAUAAUUUUAUAAUGAUAAUGUUGACAUAGUAUUGGUCAAGUGUUUUAUUGUGCCGUUCAGUGAAUGUAUACAUAUGAACACAAUACUU